AUGGCCAGCUUGCAAAGGCAGUUGAACACACUCAAAAAGGUUCUUGAGAAGACCUCCAUAAAUGUUAUUUGCCCACUAUGCCUUAGGGGCUUCUCCCGUGCUGACGUCUUAUACGCCCAUUUCCGCCAAGAGGGAGGAGAAGAUACCAUGCAUGCAGGUCUUGCUAUGAAACAAGCCGACUUCGGAACGUUUAUCUCCUGCUAUGAAAGGGCUAUGGGGGCUUCUAUUCCUUCUUCUAUGUUGCGCGAUGGCCACGAAUGUUUUAAGACCUGGUUCAUAGUGGAAAAUUAUAGAAGAGAUGCCGAAAACGGAGCGGUGCAUCCUGACGCUUCGCUAGGAGAGUUAUUCAACUUUGAUGCGCUCGAUGACUGUGAAUCCACCUGUGUCUAG